GCUUGCAGAACAAUGUUCCAGCUCCUGACCCUCCGCGCGGCCAGAGGGAGUGGAGGAUUGUCUGGGUGUGUGAUUCGCACUCUCCAUGGAUCAUCUGUAGGCGGAUAACUAUAACAUGCUCUACAUAGGGCUGUCCUUGAGGAUUGCUCACGCACCUUGAUCUAGAACGCAGAGCAAUUCUGUUACCCACAUUGUGGCUGAGAAUAAUUCUUGCACUGAAAUCUUGAAAUGGCUAGAGACACACAAGGUGGACGACAGCUCAAGAUUCAGACUUCUUGACAUCUCGUGGUUGAUAGCCUGCAUGGAGGCUGGAAGACCAGUGAAGUCAGAGCAACAUUAUCUCCUUGUGAAUGAAGAGCAUUCUGCGACUUCAAACAUGCACCCAGUGAAUGCUUUUGCUGCAGACGUGAUCUCCCAAUAUGCAUGUCAAAGGAGGACAAGUUUAAAUAAUUACAAUACAAAAUUCACGGAUGCCUUUGAAACACUGGCUGAAAAUGAUGAGUUCAGAGGAAAUGGAGGGCCUUGCCUUGCAUUUAGGAGAGCAGCUUCUGUGCUGAAGUUUCUUCCAUUUACUGUAGUUAGAAUAAAGGAUAUUGAAGGACUGCCCUGGAUGGGAGAACAAGUCAAAGGCAUAAUUGAGGAUAUUCUAGAAGAAGGGGAGAGUCCUAAAGUGACAGCUGUGCUGAACAAUGAAUACUACAAAUCAACUAAACUCUUCACUUCUGUUUUUGGAGUGGGACUGAAGACAUCUGAAAAGUGGUACAGGAUGGGUUUACGGACACUGGAAGAAAUAAAAAGCUUCAAGAACUUGAAACUGACAAGAAUGCAAAGAGCAGGGUUACUACACUAUGAAGACCUUGUUAGCUGUGUAUCUAAGGCAGAAGCGGAUUCAGCAGGCCAGAUUGUUAAAGAUACCGUGCGGAAAUUUUCCCCCAGUGCUUUAAUAACUUUGACUGGUGGUUUCAGAAGGGGUAAGAAGACUGGACAUGAUGUAGACUUUUUGAUUACUGUUCCAGGAUCAAUGGAGGAAGGAAAAUUGUUACACCAAGUGAUUGACUUUUGGGACAAGGAGGGAUUGCUCUUAUACUAUGAUCUCAUUGAAUCCACAUUUGAAAAGACAAAGCUGCCAAGCAGAAGAGUUGAUGCUUUAGAUCAUUUUCAGAAAUGCUUUGCGAUUUUAAAGUUACCCAAGGAAAGAGUGAACCAUAACAGCUCAGCAAUAUCAGAUGAAUCCGCUCAGGAGGAGGUGAAAGACUGGAAAGCAAUCCGCAUGGAUUUGGUCGUAAGCCCCUUUGAACAAUAUGCAUUUGCUUUGUUGGGGUGGAGUGGAUCCAGGCAAUUUGAACGAGACUUGCGGAGAUACGCCACGCAUGAAAGAAAAAUGAUGUUGGAUAAUCACGCUUUAUAUGAUAGAACAAAGAAACAUUUUCUGAAUGCUGCCAGUGAGGAAGAAAUUUUUGCAUACCUUGGCUUGGAUUACAUUGAACCAUGGGAAAGAAAUGCAUAAAGAGAUUUGCUAAUAUGCUUUUAUGAAUUCACGGCUUUUAAAAAAAUUCUCCCUUAUUAUAGUUAGGAUUCUCAGGUAAAUGUAUCUUUAUUAUUUAGGAAGACUAAUAUUAAUUAUACAUAUUCACUGUAGGUGUAGGUUUCCUCUGAAUAGUUAAAGAGCAUUACUAUAGUGUAUCUUCUUGCUAACUGUUUUAUGUGAUAAAUGGAAUGUGAAUAAUAUUUCUUUCAUUUCAUGUUGUUGAGGUUACAGAAAAACAAUGCUGAAGUAAAUAAAUGGAAGCUAUAGUUGGUGACACAACUGUUGGAGAUGCAUCAACUCUUAGCACCAGCAACCCUCUUGACCACUAGGAGCACUAGGGGUUGAGACAGCUAGUAAGAGCAUUCCCUCUCUGACCAUGCAUUCUCUACUCUAAUUCCCCUUUGUUCGACUGAUAUUCUCAGGUUUCAUUGUCUCACCUGGGGAGAGCGCGAGACUUUCAUCUUCUUCCUUCCCCUCUUCCUCUAUGUAGCAAACAACUAGGCAUGUAGGCUUAUCUUUCUCUCUGAUGUAUUUCCUAAAUAAACUACUUUAUUAAUAACUUUAA